AAAAUGGACAUCUUUAUGUUCAAAUUAAGGAUCAACCACUUUGUUGUUUCGUUCCUGCGUGGGACUUGGAGUUUCAUCAAUCCUUGUUUAACCAAUUUUACAAUAAUGAUCAUCAUAUUAAUGCGAAUGAUUGUCACAAGAAAAUCAUGGUGCAACAUAUUGGUAUCACGAAAAAGGAA